AUGUAUUACUCCGAAUGGCCGCUAAGAACACUCACGGCUCUGGUAGCCUUUGUAGGCGUUGCUGCUUCAAUAGGACAACAACAAAAUGCUGUCUAUUUCACCAACUGGAGCAUAUAUGGUCGCGCCUUUCAUCCCGGAAUGCUCCCAGCCUCCAAGAUAACGCACAUAUUGUACGCAUUCGUCAAUGUUCAACCCUCCGGAGAAGCAUUCUCCGCGGACACUUACGCAGACCUAGAGAAGCAUUACGCAACUGACUCAUGGGAUGAGAUGGGUAGCAACGUCUACGGCUGCAUCAAGCAGCUUUUUCUUUUGAAACUAGAAAACCGUCAACUUAAGGUCGUGUUGAGCAUUGGGGGAGCAUCCUGGUCGAGCCACUUCGCAACUGUUGCUAGCUCUCAACAGAGUCGAGAGCUCUUUGCUGAUUCAUCCGUGACUUUGAUGAAGGACUGGGGAUUUGACGGCAUCGAUAUCGACUGGGAGUUUCCUCAGAGCAAAGUAGAAGCCGCGGAUUAUGUUCUCUUGCUCCAAGCGGUACGACGCCGCCUUGACGCAUAUGCUGCAGAGCAUGCUCCUUCCUACCACUUCCAGCUCAGCAUUGCAUCGUCAGCAGGAAGCGAAAAAUACGGAAGGCUUGACCUCAAAUCUGUAUCAGAUAUAGUGGACUGUUUUUAUUUAAUGGGGUACGAUUACUCUGGGUCAUGGAGUACCGUCACUGGCCACCAGGCGAAUCUUCAUCCUAGCACCUCAGCUCCAGAGUCGACGCCUUUUUCGACAGGUAACGCAGUAACGGACUACAUAGCCGCUGGUGUUCCGAGUCACAAGAUCAUAUUGGGCAUGCCACUGUAUGGCCGAAGCUUCGAUAACACCAACGGUUUCGCUUUGCCGUUACCCGGGGCCAAGGAGGUUUACGAUGGGUCGGUGGGAGCAGUACAUAGUUGGGACCCCGCUACCCGUGAGCUGGUUAGUUACGACAGUCCAUCAUCGGUACGAGACAAAGUUGCCUUCAUCAAAGCAAAGGGCUUGGGUGGGGCAAUGUUUUGGGAAGCCAGUGCAGACAGGACGGGUAACGCAAGCCUGAUUGAAACGAGCUAUGACUGUCUCGCUAAAGAGAUUGGCAUCGGCUCACGUGAAAAUCUAGUAAAUUACGCGGAUAGUCGAUAUAACAACCUUGCAGGCGGAAUGGUAACCGGCUGA